GUACCUGGAUUUCCAACUGCAUUGCGCAAAGGUCGCACCGCUGCCGCCACGACUCCAAUAUGGCUGAAACCCAGGGUCCUACGGUUAUCUCUGUAGCCAUCAUAUUUGCUACCAUCACAGCUGUUGUGUUGAUCUUGAGGCUAUUCGCACGAUUUCACAUUGUAAAGCGGGUUGGUUAUGACGAUAUAUUCAUCGCGGUAGCUUGUUGCCUUUCCUGGGCAUUCUCUAUCGUCACAGUUCUUGCGGUCAAUCGCGGCCUCGGAUCCCACAUCGAAGAUGUCACAUCAAGGGGGGUGAACAAUAUGGUUCAAUAUGCCUUCAACGUCUGGCUGUCCUCAAUCUUCUACAACGCCUGCCUCGGCUUCAUCAAGAUCUCUGUUCUGUCUUUGUAUCUGAGGUUGGGCGACCAACUGCUGCGGCGCCUAUCCUACAUCAUGCUCGGCGUCGUCUGCUGCCAGGCCGGAGCAAACGUACUGGCUUGCAUUUUUCAAUGUUGGCCAAUCAAAGGCGCCUACGAUAUUCGAAUUCCAGACGAGGAGAAGAAAUGCAUUAACAUCAAUGCCUUUUACCUAGCCAACGCAGCGGUCAACAUAUUCACCGAUAUCCUGACCUACACUCUGCCCGUUCACCUUAUCAUCAACCUCCAGGUGCCCCGCGGCCAGAAGAUCGGACUGGCUGUCAUUCUAUCCUUAGGUCUGCUCGCUUGCGUGUCGUCAAUCAUCCGAAUCACGUACGUACCCUCGAUGCUCGUGGCUGAGGACGCAACCUGGGUCAUCUCGUCGCCCAUGUACUGGUCCGUCAUCGAGAUCAACAUCGGCAUCCUUGCGGCAUCGAUCCCGUCCUUCAAAUCUAUCGCCAAAACAUACUUUCCCCGCCUCCUGGGCAGUUCCAACGGGGGCAAGGGCAACAAGAACUCGUCGGACAAGCUGUCUGGGUUCCAGAAAAUGGACAACAAUACUGGCAACACCAAGGCCCGGAGCAUUGGUCUGCGCACAAUGGAGAGGCAGGGGAAAAAGGGCAUGGGCAUCGAAACAAACGCGGAGAGGUGCUCCGACGACGGCAGCUCCGGCGAUGUUCCUUUCGCAGGGCUUGGUCAAAUCGGGGUUAGGACGGAUAUUGAGACACAUUAUGAUCGCUGA